AUAUUAGAAACUUUACGCCUUUACUUGCACGUCGACAGUCGACUUGUUUAUUUGUGUAUAUUUAUUUACUGUUUGUGUUUUGGAUGCAGGUGUGUUUCUUAAUGGCUCCUUUUAGCCGCGGGUUUCUUCCUUUUUUCAGGAAAUUCCUCACCCGACAUCCGUGUCGCAGUGCUUGGGGGAUUCUAAGCCGUUUCUCCGGUUACGCGACGCACCAGCACCAGAACCAACAGCGGGGUCCCGGAGCCCCUCUGGCCGCCUCAGUGGACGCGCACGGCGGCGUGACGGUGGGCCACUUGCCCGCUGACGUCACCCAGGCCGCGUUCAGUGAGCUGCUGCGAGAGUCUGUGUGCGUGUGGCGCUCUGAGGGCCAUGUGGCUGUCUGGCUGCGUGUUCCGAUCUGGCAAAGUCGUUUAGCGGAAACCGCAGCGCAGCAGGGAUUUGCCUUCCACCACGCGGUCCAGGACGAGGCCGUGCUCAGUCUGUGGAUGGGGGACGGAGAGAGCCGUCUGCCCAACUACGCAACACACCAGGUCGGAGUUGCAGGUGCUGUUGUGAACCAGUCCAAUGGAAAAGUCCUUGUUGUUCAAGACAAGAACAGGGCUAAGAAUAUGUGGAAGUUUCCUGGUGGAUUAUCAAAUCCGAGUGAAAAUAUAGGCGACACCGCAGUACGCGAAGUUUUCGAGGAAACCGGCGUCCGAUCUGAAUUCCGAUCUCUCCUGAGCAUCCGUCAGCAGCACCACCACCCCGGGGCAUUUGGGAACUCUGACAUGUAUCUGAUCUGCCGUCUGUCUCCCGUGACGUACGAGAUCAACUUCUGCAGGCACGAGUGUUUACGUUGCGAGUGGAUGGAUUUGGCGGAAUUGGCAAAAGUUAGCGACGCCGCACCCAUAACGAGCCGCAUCGCCAAACUGCUUCUGUACGGACUGGAAAACGGAUUUGAAAGCGUUGAUUUGAGCGUUGAAGAGCUGCCUGCCGUGUACACUGGAUUAGUCUAUCAGAUUUACCACAGGAAGAUUCCUGAGCGGUACACAUAAAUCUCUCAGUGCGCCCAAGAUACAAUUAGGUGCCUGUUUUCCUAGAGGCCUUUUUUAAACUAUAGAAGAAUUAAACUUGAUAGCCAUUUAAAUGUAAAUUUAAAAAGAUUGGAAUAGGGUUAUUUUAUGUGAACAUGACUAAAUAAUAAAUACUUUGCCUUUUUUUCAGCUAAAGGCAUUAUUUUUAUUUUCAUUAACAUUUUACGAUGUUUUUUCAUUUAUUUCUUCCUCAAGCAAGUAUUGUUUUUUUUUUUUUUAUUUAUGUGUAUUUAUAAGUAUUUCUUAUUUCUUAUUAAUGGACAAAAUGUACAUUAUAUAGAAAGUUUGUGAACAAUUAACCAGAAGAUUCCUAUAGUUUGUUGUACAUUUAGUCCCUGUUUGCUCUGCUAAUAUCCUCCACUCUUCUGAGAAAAUGUUCCACUAGAUUUUGUGGAGAUUUGUUUUUAUUCAGCAACAGCAUUAGUAAAGUCAGGUACUGAUGUAGGUGAAGUAAGAAGGCCUGGGGUGCAGUCAGCGUUCCAAUUUAUCCAAAAGGUAUUCAAUUGCGUUAAGGUCAGAGCAGGAGAUCUUCCACUUUAACCCAUGCAAAGCAUAUCUUCAUGGAGCUGGUUUUGUGUACAGGGGUAUUGUCAGUUGACAUAAUACUUUUAUCCAUAUAGUUUAUGAACAAACCGGUAGAUACGUUACAUCUGUUCUGAUUGGUCAGAAUGUGUUGAUUUCAUUUCUGACAGAAACUUUAACAGGAAUUCCAGCUGUACAUUAAAUCCCGCCACGAACUGCCUCGUUACGUUACGAAUGCAAACAGACUUAUAUGGCAAGAACGCAACAUACAAAAACCAUACUAAAACCUAUUAAUAAAAAAAUAUGUUUACACAAA